AUGGCGGAGGAGGCCGAAGUAACAUGGAAGACAUCUUCACGGACCUAUGACGAGUUUGAACAGAUGACUCCUGACAAUGAGCAAGUUUCUUUCGACCUUGGGAAACCUGAAUCUUCUGCCUGGAUACAAGAGAUCUUGAAGGAAGCCACAUGUGACGACUUUGAGAGGAGAGAAUUCGCGCUAUGGAGGUUUAAGGAAGUCUUCCCUGGUCUUUUGCACGAGCAAGGACUGGGCAAGGGAACAGAAUGCGCUUCGUAUUUCCUGCAAAGGGGAUUCCUGAGGGAGGUGCAUGCAGGCUUGGCCGAAGCAAAAACUUCCUGGGAGUGGCUUCUCUGUCCAAAUGCAAGUCCUACUAUGAAGACAGGAUCAUGCCAGAUUCUCUUGAUAAACAGAAUUGCUGUCUACGCAACCAUCAUCACGGCCAUGACGCUGGACGAGCGGACCACCAGAUUCUUGUUGAAGGACAUUGAGGACUUGUUGAAGCUGCUAGAAGCAACCUUUUAUCAAUCGCACCACGCGUCAAACAAGCUGAAAGUGAUGGAAGACUUUGGCGGUCUGGUCCCGGAACCAAGAGCAGACGCACGAAGAGCGAUCGUCAGAGCAAUUUCAAGGCUCGUGAAAAUGUCAGCCAGAGCAAAGCGGUUCCUGCUGAAAAGAAAGGACUUUUACCUUUGCAUGAUACGAGAAAUUGCGGGACUAUUCAAAGAGAAUUGCAAGCCCACGCUCAGGGAUGAAGACUAUCAAAGCGACGGAUGCAACGCUCUAGCUCUUGUUCUGGCGGUCAACGAAUACAACACUACGUGCGAGCAAGAGUCUCUGCUGGAUGAAGUCUUGAACUUGAUUGCAAGAAUCCUCACGCAGUCGGACUUCCCCCCCAUGCUACGCCUCUCCCUUUUGGCGUUGAAAACAAUGAUGAAUCGAGAAGAGAUCUACUUAAGACUUCGAAGAUACCGCGGCGUCCCAGAAGCAUUCAAAGCAAUUGCAGCCUGUACAACAUACAGCGAAGAGCUAAGAACAAGUGCGGCCAAAUUCGCUUCUCGUACCGCUGAGAUCGUCGUACCUCAAGACCGUUUCCCCAGAGCCUCCGUGUCAACAGCACAGCAGCGCCUAGCGAUCUUUAAAUACCUUGCGGAGAAGGAUCCUGCGGUAAAGCGAAGAGUAGAAAGGCUGGCCGUUGCUCAAAGGGAUUCACGUGCUAGACCUGACCGUGUCAGCAAAAGAAAAUGCUCCAAUCCUGCGUGCAAAAAGUUGGAGGGAGACGAAAAGUUCAAGAUGUGCCGAGGCUGCUUUCUCGACAUCUACUGUAGUGCAGAUUGUCAGCGGAUUGCUUGGCAAGGUGGUCACAAGAAGACGUGCCCAAGGAAAGAUCGGCGGGGUUCGACAAAAGAUAAUUCUGGUCCCGGCAAGGCGUCCGCGCAUCACAGAUCCAUGGCGCGAGAGGAGGCCGAAGUGACAUGGAAGCAAUGCUCGCGAAGUGUGCAAGAAUUUGAAGAGCUGACUCCCGAGGAAGAGAACGACUCCUUUGACCUCCGAAAGCCGGACUCCUCUGUCUGGCUGAAGCAGAUCCUUAAAGAAGCCACGUGCGAUGACCCUGAACGACGAUUGUGCGCGCUGUGGAGGUUCAAAAACAGGUUCCCUGGGCUUGUGACCGAGCAGGGACUGGCAAAGGGGGCAGAUUGUGUUUCCUAUCUCCUGCAGAGAGGGUUCCUCAAGGAGCUGCAAGCGGGCUUCCCUGAAGCAAGAGCUUCGGGGGAGUGGCUUCUCGUUUCACAGCCCGCAUCGACUGGAGGUCCAAUUCGAAAUGUCUUCUUCAUAAACAGAGUGGAAGUUUACGCAUCGAUUGUGACGGCCAUGACGGUUGACGAGAUGACCGCCAGAUUCUUCAUGAAGGAGAUCAAGGACCUGCUGAAAUUGCUGGAAGCAACCUUUCACCAAGCGCAGCAUGCGCCAUCAGUGCUGCAAUUGGCGCAAGGGCGCUUCGUCGCUCUACGACCGGAGCCUAGAACAGAAGCAAGGACAUCAAUUAUUGAAGCACUCUCAGUACUGGUCGGGGUGUCAAACAAAGCGAAGAGGUUCUUGGCGAAAAGGACGAAGUUCUACCUGUGCAUGAUACGGGAAGUAAUGCAGAUGACGUCCGAAGGGAGCGCCAGUGGCGAGCUCACGCUCAGAAAUGCCGAGCAUCUCGUCGUGACAUAUUAUGGAGUGAGGCUCAUUCGAGUCCUCUACGAAAGCUACCCUGCGUCCAAGCAAGAGUCUCUUCCCGACGACCUGCGGCUGGUCGCGCAAACACUUAUUGAAUCAGACCUGUUACCUUGCAUCGAGCAUGCCGUCCUGAUCCUGCGUACAGUGGUGAACCUGGACCAGAAAGAGAUCUUUCAAAAGCUUCUCAGUCAUGACGGCAUCCCAGAAGCUCUCACAGCCAUCGCGGCCUGUAAAGCCUACAAUGAUUCUCUACGGCACAUAGCGGCUUACCUCGCGAGUCGUGCUGAAGUAGCGCCUGAGGCCCAGUGUAUGUGCCCCGAGAACGCUUCUGCUCUUGAGGAACUGAAGCUGGAGCUCUGUGAGAGUCGUGCGGAAAGCAAUCCUGCAGUCAAGCAUAGAGUAGAAAGGCUGGUAGCUGCUGAGAGGAGGAAUCCGCUCUCGAAAAGUGUCCCCGCCGAUAGAAGGAAGUGCUCCAACCCUGCGUGCGAGAAAGUGGAGACCAGGGACGAGACGUUCAAGACGUGCCGUGGCUGCUUGCUCGAGCUCUACUGCAGUACAGAUUGUCAAAGAGCAGCGUGGAAAGCUGGUCACAAGCAGACGUGCCCAAGAAAGGAUCGGCAGCCGAUCGAAGUAAGGUGA